AUGCAGCUCACAUCCUACGGCGAUUUUCCUCGCACGAUCGACCUCGAUCCCUUUUUCGACAACACCAAGCUCGUCUACGGAGAUGCGGGCACGAAAGUGCCGUACACUCCGCAGAACACAUGGACGGACCCCAACGGCAGCGCCAAAGACUACCUCGAGAAGACCAAAGGUCUCACCACGCUGCAGAAGUGUGCGUCUCUGCUCGCGCGCUCGAUGGAUGGCCAGCACGUGGCUUACUUUGAUGGCGACUGCGACGGCGUGAUCUGGCCGAGCGAUACCUUUUUUGGCUUCCAUGCGAUGGGAUUCGGCUUUUUCCUCUCUGCCUUUGCCAUGCUGGUCAUCCACGGCGCCAUGUCGUACCCGACGCUGCCUCGGAACAGCAAGUCGCUGAGGAAUUGGCUGCCGGACCCGUACAUGCGCAUCUAUGUGGCCAACAUGCACCGCAGCAAGCAUGGCUCGGACACGGAGUCCUUUGACCGACGCGGCCAGUUUCGGCAGAGUCAGUUGGAGGCCGAGCUGAGCGAAUGCUCGAGCCGCUACGGCAAGGAUGCGCUGUCGUACGGCGAUGUCUUGGCCAUGUUCCGAGAGCGUCGAGACGUGUUUGACCUCUUCGGAAUGACGGCGUUCUUGCUCGAGUGGAGCGCCACCUACUUGCUCAUCUGGCCCGCGGACGGCUACAUGCGGAAGGACGACAUCUUGGGCGUCUACGACGGAUCGCUGUUUGUCGUGCUCGCCCAUCGUUACAAGAAUGGGCUGGGUGGAGGUGCCUUUGAUUCCAAGAAAGGCGGCGUCUUUGACACCAAGAACGGCUGA